GGCAAGAUGGCCGAGCGGUUAAGGCGUUAGUUUAGAAAGCUAAUCCCUUCGGGGUCCUGAGUUCGAAUCUCAGUCUUGUCGAUUUCUUUUUAUCUUUUUUCCUUUGGAAACCCUUACAAUUCAAAUCGCGGAUCCGUCGAUUCUUCUUUUUAUCGUCUACAACAGCCCAGUAUAUCAGGGCGAAGCUUCUAUUCCCACACUAAUGCAUUUACCUCUGCAAGAUCUAGCUAUCGUCCAUGGCAUCGUUUCUGAGAUUCAUUGAGUAUCUUGCACUGGCACGGCUUGUGGAUUACUGAUCAUAAUCAUGAAAACGGCGCCGAGGCACGUGAAACCGGCGACCAAGAGAGAGCUUCAUUGCAGCUCUACGAGCAGCUUCUCCGCACGCUAUGCGACAACUAUCUGCGUGUAAGGGCUGCGGGGUGAUAACCAUUGGGUUUGAACUCUAAUAGUGAAGUUCUUGAGUUGCAUUCAGCAGAGGGCCUUUACAUCUCAACCUACUCUGCCCAGACACUCUCCGCAUUCCACCUGACGAUAACCGUUAAACCGAGGCUCGCAGAGCUGACCCGCCCGCCGCGAUAUAUAUACAUCGGCCUCUUAACCUUUAAAUCUCACCACCGUCUCAAACUUACCAUAUCACGCACACCAUGGCCGAAAACUACACAGCCAAGCAUUUCAACGUUACAUUCCCGCAGGAAUAUGUCGCGCAGGUUGAGAUCAAUCGGCCCGCGCAGCUGAAUGCGUUCUUCGAGGCAAUGUGGGUCGAACUCGGCCAAAUCAUGAACAAACUCUCCCACGACCCAAAUGUCCGUGCCGUAAUCAUAUCUGGCGCCGGCCACAAGGCGUUCACUGCAGGCCUCGACGUCAAAGCUGCAUCAGGCGGCCUCCUCUCCGACUCCGACGGGACAAACACCGAGCCCGCCCGUAAGGCCGUCCACCUCCGCCGCCAUAUCACCGAGUUCCAAGGCUGCAUCACCGCGAUCGAGAAGUGCGAGAAGCCCGUCAUCGUUGUCAUGCACGGGUUCUCCUUGGGCCUAGCGAUCGAUCUGAGCUCGUGCGCGGACGUGCGGUUCGCAGCAAAGGAUGCAAAGUUCGCAGUCAAGGAGGUGGACAUUGGGCUUGCGGCGGAUAUUGGGACGCUGACGCGGUUACCGAAGAUCGUUGGGAACUUUGGGUGGGUGAAGGAGGUUGCUUUGACGGCGAGGAUCUUUGGGGCCGAGGAGGCGCUGCGCGUGGGUUUUGUUAGUCGGGUGUUUGACACCAAGAGCGAGGCGAUCCAGGGAGCGAUUGAAGUUGCGGCGCUUAUUGCGAGCAAGAGUCCUAUUGCUGUUCAGGGGACGAAGGAGAUCUUGAACUGGUCCAGGGAUCACACGGUUCAAGAUGGUUUGCGGUACACGACUGUUUGGAACAGCGCGGCGCUGCAGACGAAGGACGUCUCAGAUGCGCUGUUGUCUGGCAUUCAGAAGCGGAAGCCGCAGUUUGCCAAACUGUAGAUUUUGCAUAAUGAUCCUUGUAUAUAGUUGCAACUCGAAUAUCUUUUGAGCGAGAUAAUGGUGAUGAGUAGAAAAAGAGAAAAAAGAAAUCGACAAGACUGAGAUUCGAACUCAGGACCCCGAAGGGAUUAGCUUUCUAAACUAACGCCUUAACCGCUCGGCCAUCUUGCCCAGUUGAUGAAAAGUCUAUCUGUAAACUAACA